AUGGUGAAGCCCAAGCGGCUCCCGUUGUACGAGUCACCCCUGUCAUCCGCUGAUGAGCUUUCAGACGAUGACUAUGUAGGUAGUGACGAUGUUUGCAGUGAGGACCUCAGUGACACUGGCUCUGCGGGCGAGGGGAUGUACGAUGACUUGUUCUCGUCGGAUGAGGAGCCGGAGGAGCCAUACUGGAACCCAGACCCCACGCUGCGUUGGGACGUUUGGCAGAUCGACGACUUCAUCAUGACUGAGACGCCCAACGAAAAGGAGGGCGGCGUCCCUAUCAGUAAGACCUUCCCUGCCAGCAAACGCUACCGCUCGUUGGAGCCGCUCGAGAAUAUGUUGGAGACUCACCGCGAGGAGUGCUGGCUGGUACUGCGCUUCAAGAACAGCGGGAUGGAGCACUUCCGCGAGUUUUGCAAGACUGACUUGUACGGCAGGGCCAUCAUUGCUGCGGGCGAGGACUACUCCUGCAUGUUUCGAGCUAUGGCAGUUGCGGCCAACCUUCUCAAGCGCCCCAACCUGGUUCCGCAGACGGUGAUCGAUGCUUUCUUCGCCGAGGCUAAGAGCAAGUUCGACGUGGACAUGAACCUGGGAUGCAAUUGGAAGCAGUUCACGGCUUUCCUGCGCAAGCUGCGCCAGCAUGGGACUGCGCUCAAGAUUAACGAGAUGAUUAACCCUUUAAACAACUACGUCCAAGGCGGGCGUCGCGGGCCGCGUGUGUUGAGCGAGCUGACUCCGGACAAGGGCGUUACGGAUGGAUUGUACAUCGUGGCGGCUUACAACGUCCGAUUCGUGGGUCAUGCAGUUGUGCUUCGCGUGGCGGACGGGGGCCAGCGCAAGACCAUUAUCGACAAGGGCAAGGAGAAGCCUGUGGAGGAGUGUCGCUGGAUGAACUUCUUCGCCUUUGUGCGUCCGUUCAGAGUCUGGUAA